CAAAGAAUAAGACGCUUGAAGGCAGUUUGCCGUGGGUCCUAUUCACCUCCCCAACUAGCGGUUGUGCGCUUUCGGCACAACGGAGGCCAUAAUCUGCACUAGUAGGAAGGAAGUGAGGUGUAACACUGCUAUCAACUGCCAGAAUCCAUCAGAGGCCUCACUGUGAAAGAAGUAGUGGAGAAUAUGGAGAAGUUUGCAAAAGAUGAGUCACAGCCAGAUCCACUGGACUCUUCAAGGCCGUGUUCCCCAGACAGCUCACCAGAGGCAGAGAGGCUGGAGCUGCUGUAUGACAUCCUCAGACUGCCCACCCCGAAAUUCCAGGCUCUUUGUUACGGCGUACGUGAUAAUAUGACUGCGGAGGACCUUGCAAAGAUGUUUGCUUCAUGGACUGAGGAUAGAGUUCGGAAUAACAUUUUUGAAACCAUGGCAGAAAUUGAGGAGAAGAAAACCAUCUUAUCUUCCAGCUAUCAACAACGAGUCCAACAGUGCAACGUGGAAUCUACUAAGGAGGUCCCUGAAGUUCAAGUGGCUCCAGUGACCAAAGAGGUCUUUGCCACUGUCCUGGACUCAUUGCAUGGGUCCUCAACUGAUGUUACAAAACCUAAGCUGCAAUUUAUUUCACAACUUAACUCGAUGGUCAACAAAAUGAAGACGUUUCCAAAACGCUUGAAAUCAAAACCCAAGGACUCAGAAGAACUGACCAUUACACCAGAAGUUUGUAAAACACUGUCUGACCUAAUGGCUCUACCUGACCCUGAGAUCAUCACAGAAUCUGCCCAGUCUAACACAAGUCUCCAUAGCAACAAAGAUCGUCUUUAUGCUGAGGAGAACAUCAACAAAGCUUCAGAGGAUGUUCAGAACAUUCUGCUUAGUUCGGCUGCUCCUUCAUCAAGCCAUGAAGACACCACUGUGGUAUUACAUCAUGGUGGCAGUACUCUGUCAGUGGCCUCUGUCAAAUCUAUACAUGAUGAGGCUCGAGGAAUCGUUGGCACUAUUGUGACUGAAUUGGAAGAACUCUAUGAGAGUGUUCAGCCGAAGGAAAUUGAGAUGUUGGAAAAGCAAAAGGAAGAGGAAAUAAGUGAAAAAACUACUGAGCCUGAAGUAGACACUGCCCAAAACACACCUGAAGAGAUCUUGCCGAGCCAAGAAAAAGAAGAAGCGGAACCCAUCACGAAGCAUGCCUCCAAAGUAUCAAUUCAAAGAAAACUAUACCGUAUCCUCGGCAACACUCAAAUUAAAGUCAGGAUAUUCCAUGCGCUUUUUGGGUCCCAAGACAUUGUGGCAGAAUCAGGUGUGGAGCCUUCAACUGAGGAGGGUUGCCAGCAGGAUGUUGACGUUGAGAAUUCUCCCCAAGGCAACACUGACCUCGAGGUAUCAUCUCAGCAGCCAAUUUCAAAUGAGAUUCAUUCAGAAGAAGUUGCGUUGACUACUGCCGACACAGCUGACGUUACAACACCAACGAGCACUGAGAUUUCCUCCUCUGCAAGACCCACAAGCCCAUCUCAUAAGGUUGGCAAUCCUAAUGUGGGUAAGAAACUUAAGCAAAUGUUUACCAGAACUUCGAGCCCUCCUCCAGCAGGAACACCUACUGUCACCCAAGAGACAGUGACCCCUGUGCCAGAGACAGAUCAGGAUGGUUGCCGAGAGGAGGUUAGCCUUGAAAAGCCUUGCCAAGAUAUUGGCAACCUUGACAAUUCUUGUCAAACAGAUGUUGAUCUUCAGGCACCAUCACAGCAGUCAGCUGCUGAUACAAAUCUUCCUCCUCCUGCAGCAGAUGAGGCCCAGACACGCUCUGAAGAUGCAGUCAAUACACCUGCAGGUGCAGCAACAGAUCCACAGUCCAGAUCCAGAUCAAGAUCCAAAAGUCCAUCCUCUAAGGUUGGCAGUGUGGGUGUGAAAUUAAAGAAAAUGUUAACCAAACCUCCAUCCAGCGCAGAGACUCCUAGCGAAACUCCAGAGGUAGCUGCUUCUGUGCCACAGACUGAGGAUUCUGAGGCUGCAAUACAAUCAUCUGAACCACCUGCACAGCAGUCCUCAGAUAUUGAAGCUUGUAAGAAUGAACAAGGAGACAAAAUUGAGGCAGAGCCUUCACCGGGGACUCAUGCAUCUCCUCUCCCUGAAACUGUGGUCAAUGUGUCUGCUGAUCAUAAAAAGAACAGCUUAGGUAGGAAAUUUAAAAAUAUGUUUGGCAAGCAACAAAGCCUGGACGAUGGAAAAGUCUGUGUCCAGGAUGAGCACACAGUCUCCUCAAGUAAUGAGGAAUGUACAGCUGAAUGUGCAAAACCUCUUGAUAGUGUCACUGAGAGAACUGAAGAGACUGCUCAACCGCAGGAGGCAGGUGAACAGCUGGCUUCAGAUAGUGGAGCACUUCAACAUCAGACCACCACAGAACCAGUUGCAGACACCACAGCAAGCCAGUCAUCUCCAACCCCAGCCAAGCCCAAGACUGGGAAAGUCGUGAAAAUCUUUGCUAAGAAAAAGAGACCUACAGAGACCCCGGAGGUGAUCCCUGAUGAGGAAACUGUCCCAGAGUGCGCUCCACAGUCUUUAGAUGCAACAGCCACAGAAUUUCAACCCUGUCCUGGGGACGAGCAGCUUGCCUCCAGCGAUGGCAAAGAGACGUCCGAGAUAACAGAUGUGGUUGCAACGGACAAAAACAAGAACGGCGUUGGAAGGAAGUUGAAAGGUCUCUUUGGCAAGAAACCACAGAAUGUUCCCCCUGCAGUAGUACCACCUGAGGACGACGAUCAUGCCCUGCCCUUGCCAGCCCUGGUGCAAAGAGGAGAUGGCCCUGAUACUAUAUCGCUUGCCUCCGAGGCAGUUGUACAGCAAUCCAUAGAUUUAGCGUAUGAAACGGUUUACAAGGAAGACCGUUUGGCCUCAUGUGAUGGCACAGAUUACAAGAGCGAAUGCACUGGGCUUAAUGUCGCAGAACCGGAACCACACAUGGACACUGCUGAUGUGAGCCAUGUGCCUCAAGACUCACCUCAAGAAUCACCUCCUGCCGCGCCAGCAGAUACCAACCGGCCUCGCUUCGGGAAGAAAUUGACAGGUCUCUUCUCCAAACCACAAAAGCCAGCGGCACAAUUGGACAUACUGGACACGUUGUCUUCCACAGUGGAACCAAAGGGUGGUGCCAAGGGUCCAGAUGUAGCCUUGGUAGAGUCUGGGACACCCGUAGAGCAAACCAUAGCUUCUUCAUCUCAGACCUGCCUCCAGGAUGACCAAACCACGGCUCCCUCUAAUGGACAAGGAGGUGACAAUCGUGAAUCUGAUGUGCCGGACAAAAUCGAAAUAACUAAUGAAGAGAGUCAAGCGCCUCCUGUCUCAGAACCACUGCCGGCUGUGGCAGUGCCUGCAGAGAGUGGCAACAAACGCAGUUUUGGGAGGAGCUUUAGAAACUUCUUUUCCAGGCAACCGAGGAAUGUUAGUGAAGAACCCAAAGUGCCAGAGGACUCCCAGGAGUCCGUUCUACCACAGGCUGCAGAGAGCAGCACCCCCGAAGCUGCAGUAUCGUCUUCUGUGGAACAGACAGCAAGUUCUUCCCUUGACCUGUCUGCCACAUGCGUGCCCACUGAAGCAUCUGCUUCCUUACCCGAAGAUCAAACAGCUAAAGUAUCCCUUAGCCCAGAAACCGUAUCCGAUGCGACUAGCACUAGCAAAAAAUCUAGCCGCUUGCAGAUUGGUAGCAAGCUGAAAGGCGUUUUCACAAAACAGUCAAAGCAACCUCAGGUUGCCCAGGAAACACCCGCUGACACCCCCUCACAGGAGGUGGUGCCCACAGAGGCAGUUGCACUGAGGACCUCUGCUGGCAAUUUGACCAGUAGCAGCAGCCCCCCUCCUGUGGAGAUUACCUCUAUGGAGUUUAAAGACAUCGCUGAAGCCACAGCGGCCAUCAAGGGGGUGAUGGACAGAGUGCGCCGCGGUCAGGACGACGUAGUGACUGGGACAGGAAAGAUCAAUCAGCUGAUGGAAAACGGAGUCCUCCAACCGUUCGUCCGAACACUAGUUGACAAGGUCUUCGAGCACAUGAGUGCCAGAAAUGUGUCCAUAACAGACAAUGCAGACUUGGAACCUGUCUAUGCAUUUGCAAGGAGGUCUGUGCAGGGGCUUCUGGUGUACGUGUUGGGCAUCUUUGUGCCUUUGUUGGAGGAAGCCGAAAUGAACUUUGUACAUGACACAAUGACCGAGCGGGUCGUCAGCGAAGUCAAAGUCGGCAUUAGCAGUGCUGUGGUGAAUACUGUGGUGGACAUUGAUGUCAAUGAGACUGCAGAGGCUGUCAAUGAGUCAAUCUGUCAAUCUCCAGAGACUGUCAAUGAAUGACUUGACUGGAGACCAAUAGUCUCUUCUAACAUGAGCUAAACUUCAGUUUACAACACUAAACCAACAUUGGACACAGUUCCCAAAUACUCCUCAAACACAGAAUACACGGAUCAAAAAGCAAACAUCAAUAAAAUAUGAACUAUCCAUGCAAGUAUUUCUCUCUCUCCCUCGCUCUCUCUCUCUCUCUCUCUCUCUUUAAUAUCCAUUGUUACU